ACAAACAGGCGAGCGCCCCACAUACAGUACACAAGCAGGAAGCCAGGCUUGAGAACACACCAUUAUAAGUUCUACUGUUGCGCCGAAGAGAUGCAAAACAGCAAAUGUCACCGGUGGAGAACUCCUACAUUUACUGGAAAGAAGCAACAACGAGCACGGUGAAGACAAGAAAGCUUCAAAUCUCUGGCAUAUAGACGAGAGAGAGUGAGUAAUGGCCGACCUUGUGCCAGGACUACUCAUUUGUUUAAUGGCUGUGCAAACCAUUCAGCAUGACGGAAAUAGAACCCGGACCCAAACCAUUAUUCCACCUGGUGCAAUACCAAAAACCUUCAAGGGGAGGGAGUACAAACUUAACCACACCAACCAGCUGCCAGCCCUACAUCCCAGCACAAACCCUCAGCUGGAUGUGAACUUGGAGGACCCAGUGACCGCCUUUAUCAGAGGGGUCCUCAGUACCAAGGUCAUUCCUUCAUCAUACGUCCUGGCCAUGCUGGUGGGUGUCCCCUCCAACGCCUACAUUCUGACCUUCCUCAGACUCAGAGCGAAGUCCUUGUCCACAUUAGUUCUAUACCUGAACCUGGCCCUGUCCGACCUGCUGCUGCUGCUGUCCCUGGCGCUGCGUGUUCACUACCACUUCAACGGGAACAACUGGAUAUUUGGGGAAAUCUCCUGCCGGCUUAUCACAGCCUUGUUUUAUGGUAAUGUUUAUAGUUCAGCACAAACUAUAGCAUGCAUCAGUCUAAAGCGCUACCUGGCUGUGGUCCGGCCGUUUUUGUACAGGCGGUUGGCUAAGACUACCAUGGCAGUGUGGACGUGCUUGGUUGUAUGGUUCCUGUUCGGGGCUGCGAUUGUGCCCGAGCUCCUAGUCAGGCAGAGCUACCAGGUCAUCCAGCUGGGGGUAACCACCUGCCAUGAUGUACUUCCCCUCGAAGAAAAGUCACAUUCCUUGCUGGUACCAUACAGGCUGAUGCUGAUUUGUCUGGGUUUCAUUGUGCCCUUUCUGAUUUGUAUCUAUGCCCAUGUGGCAGUGGUAUACCACCUCGGGCAAUCUCGUUGUGACUGGAAACCAUUCAUAAGGGUCAGCACUCUAGUUUUCAUCAUCUUCGUGGUGUGUUUCUUGCCUAGCGGCAUCCUGCAUAUCGCCCACUACAUCCGCCUGUUUUCCAGUGGGGACGACAGACUGUAUGGAUACUACAGAGUAGCGGUGUGUCUCUGCUGCUUCCACAGUUGUCUGGAUCCCUUCCUGUGUAUCCUCAUUUCCAAGAUGGGAGCCUCAGAACUACAGUUUAUCUCCCUCCGCGGGAUAUCUCAGAGGCCGACGUGAGCCUUGAUGUGUGCACAGAAAAAGCUUCUCCUUGCUGGACCAUUGUUGUGAACCAGCAGGGAAGCACAAACCCAGAAACCAAGAUGAUGAAGUCAAGACACUGAAUUCAACAGGGCAAUACUGUAAUCUCUGUUGGGUCUAAAACACUAAUAUUUGUGAAGUUUUAGGAAUAUUAGGAUCAGGAAGGGAACAUUUACACUGUGAAUCCAAUACAAGCCUAUUGUGUCAACACAGCUAAAUCCCAAAUUGGGUGCUUGAUGACACACAAUUGUCAACAAUAAUCUUUUCUCUUUGCCAUGUUAAAAGAUCAACAUUUAGCUAUUCACAUUCAUAAUGAUGCAGAAAUGAAAAUUGGAGCCAUGUCAGGGAAGAAAGGCUGCUGUGCAAAUCCAACAAAACUAAUGAUUAGAAGGAGAUUAGGUUAUGAAAUGUAAUGACACCACCGGUUUAUCCAGUCAUAAAGGCUUUUUUUAUGUUAUAUUUUGCACUUUGAGGAAAUAGGAGGAGGAACAACACCUUAUUUUUCAAUGAAUGUUAUAUACAUUAACCGAAAAAUAGUCACAAUACCUGGCAG